AUGGUGAAUACUAAAGAUACAACGAAGGAUACAGUGAAGGCACACUUAGAAGCGAUUCAAGAAUGCAAGGAAAAAAAGGAGAAAUACGUGAAAUGCUUUAAUAAUUGGUAUAAAAAUAAUUUCCUCAAAGGAGAUUUAACACAAGCAUGCGAUGACUACUAUGAGGAUUAUCAAAUUUGUGUACUAAAUGAUCUUAAUAAAAAAGGUCUGGGACACUUAACAAAUUUGCAAAAGGAGAAAUAA